CACAUUCCACUAUAAACAAAAAAGGUUUGACCAAAUUGUACACCCUCGAGCACACCCAGCAGGCCAGGCUAUAACGGGAUACGUCGCUCCUUCGUUUGUUUUUUUGUUUUUUUUCUACAGAGUUGCAGCAUUCCCCGAGGAAGUGCAGGCGCUGGUCUUGCUGCAAAGAAAAUCCGUCCAGACGUCAACGCGCGCCAGCAUUCCAGCUGACUGGAGCUGCUGCCUCGUGGGAAGACGCAUUGUGCGCUCGCGCUGCCAUAGGCUCGGCUCUUGUCGCCCCUUGCUGCUGCAGCGUUAAUUGUCGGUAGCUUAUAGCUCGGGCGCGCGUUGCGGCUCCUCUUUCAAAGCAAGGAUUCGCACUGUAACUUUUUUUCUUCUAUUUUACAACGAACGAUCUUUUAUCAUAAAAAGUGACUUUUACGAGUAAGCAUUACCGUUAGAAGAUCGUUUGGUAGAUUACUGAUGGUGCAACGUUGGCGGGAAGGUGCGGGACAGGCAGCUCGUUGAGAGUUUUUUUUUUCCUCCCUUUUUUCACUUCGGGCUUGCCCGUUUACAGUAGACGGACAAAGCGCGUGCACAAAACGGACUUAUCCACUCAUCACCCGGACGACUGGACGGGACGGAUCGGCAAAGCAAACGCGAAUUCAUUGCAUUCGAUAAACGACGAAGAAUAUAUGCGCGCUCCCUAUCGCUAGAACACUCUCUUGAUUGCUAUCCUCGGCACUACCCAGUAUCACCAUUGAUCAAUGAACGGUUGUUACAUGGUACUUGCUUAUUUUUGUGGCGCUGGCUCCGUUCUGUUGUUACAGACGCUUAAAUGCUCAUUUAGGAUAAACCGGUGUACUUUUUUACUUUUGAGAAAUUAGCCGAACAUUUUGAUAAUACCAUUAGCUAGAUACGAUUUAAUAAUCACAUAUCUUAAGCAUGGACACGUUGCCAAUUUAAGCAGAAUCAUUGAACGCUUCGCCGCUUAGUUAAUUAAAUAAUUUUGGUUCUACGGCCAGGGAAUUUUUAAAGGCGAGGUUUUUUUUUGGAUUCGUUAUUCUUUUUAAAAAUGGCAAUUAACACAGAUGCCGAGUUUCAGAAAACUACCUUGGGAGGGGGUACCGUUGUGCCGCCCGCGGAAUCCCUGGAGACGGAAAAACUUCUCUGCGCCGUCACCACCGAGCCCUCCCGUGACGGCGACAUCAAGCUCUCCAACUCUUUCACGGCCAACCUCGGGAGCGUAAAGUCCCUGGACAGCGAGCAAAACGGACACAGUUCGCCGGUGAGGUCGGGGUCCGCGGGGACUCUCGGGGCGCGGCCUCUGUCCCCGUCCCGCGUAAGUUUGAGCCGCUCUUCUCUGGGGAAUACCGUUAAGGAGCAACCGCCACCUCGGGAUUAUCUGAUACUGGUCGUCCUCUCCUGCUUUUGUCCCGUCUGGCCCGUCAGCAUCGUUGCGCUGGUGUAUUCAGUUAUGGCCCGGAGCAGUCUGGCUCAGGGGGAUGUGGACGGAGCGCGGCGACUUGGACGUGUGGCUCGCUUCCUCAGCAUCAGCGCCAUCCUCAUCGGGAUCCUAGUGAUCACCAUCUGCGUCAUUACAUAUCUGACAUAGGCACAGAGGACCGCAAGGACGACCCAAACCUGAUGAAUUCAUCUGUAAAAUACAUAUUAAUCUGGCAAAACAGAAUUUAAAAUGUGAAAAAAAAGAAUUUCCUUCCAUUCCAAAAAAAAAAAUUAAGAAAACAAGUUUCUGCGCCCUUCAUAAAGCAAAAAAAGUCUUGAGUCACAGCCAAGGGAAAUAUGAAAUAUGCAAGCAAAAAAAAACAAUAAAUACGUUCAAAAGAGAAACACAUGCAUGCUGUAGCUAACAUCUACUUGAAAGUAAAAAAAUGAAGAAGAAAAAAUAAAACAUAAAAAAGACAUAUUAACACAAAUACCUUUACGGACAGACAGAGGAAAAGGACAGAGGCACAGCGUGUAUCCAUGGAGCAUCGCUGCGGUAACUAUGGAGCAUCUCUGCGGUAACUAUGGAGCAUCUCUACGGUAACUAUGGAGCAUCUCUGCGGUAACUAUGGAGCAUCUCUGUGGUAACUAUGGAGCAUCUCCAUGGUAACUAUGGAGCAUCUCUGCGGUAACUAUGGAGCAUCUCUGGAGUAACGGUGAAGUACCCGGAGUCUGACAGAGGAACAGAGGUCCCGGGACAGCGAGGCGUUCUCUCAGCGCCCCAAACGGAGACGGACACAGCGAGAGUCGUGUGUGGGGAGUGCCAGGGUGAGAGAGCGAGGGGGGACAGCUGUCUGCGUUCACAAGCGGAUGCAAUUAUACCAAUAUGAUAUUCACAGCGUGUAUUCCUGCAUUGUUUUCUAUAUGAGAGGUGUGUAUGCAGAUUGGCCAUAAAGAGCAGCAGUGAUGGGAUAGAGGAGGAAGAGGAGGUGGAGGAGGAGGAGAAGGAGGAGGAAGAGGAGGUGGAGGAGAGGACUUGGGUGCGGGUGGAGCAGUCUUGCGGUCUAUCAUCCCAGUCUGCGGUCGUGACGGAGAGAAAGUUUUUUUUGUUUUUUUUUGGAAUCGGUUAUUGUUGUUUUUGUAUUUUUCGACGAAAAAAAAAUGACCACCUGCAUGCUUUUUUAAAAAUACUGGGUGUGUGUUUGUCUGAGUCAUCACUGCACUUGCGUGCUGACACCAGCUCCAGGACAGAGUAGCUUCCAUGGGGGGGGGGUCUGCAUUUUCCUAAUGAUUCCGACACCUCCAGGCUUCCGGCAAUGAAAAUGUGAUUCAUCUGAACAUAAAAAUGAAAUAUCAGCCUGUAGGUGAGUGUGGUGCAUGCAAAACCAGAGGCUUCCCGUGGAAACUCUUUUGAUUGGUGCGGUGUGAGUGUGACUGCAGGCGGCGGUGGGUGGGUGGGGGGGGGGGGUUGUGUGAACUGUGGAUGUGAGAUUUGGGGUUGCCUGGUAACCCGAGAUGUCCUGCAUCUCAGCCAAUGACAGGUGGCCCUGAGCUGGGUGCGUGUACUUAAACAUUUUCCCUGGCACGGAUGAGUUCCUACAGGACAUGCCUGAACGCCACGAUGGACAGAUAUGGCUCCUCCCGCGAACCUGCCAAACUUCGGCCUGCUGUUUGGCUCCUGUGUGCGAAUGUGUUGGAUUUGAUAAAUAACCAUAGCAACUCCCAAUAUUAUCCCCCCCCCCCCGAACCCUCCAACCCCCAAGCAUGCAGCAUGCAUGUUGCAUCCUGUAAUUGAGAAAGGAAACCGUGGCAACCCCCCGCCCCCCCGCCAGAACUGUGAACCCAGCUGGAGGAGGAGCUAUUCGGAAAACUACAUGCGCUCGAUCUGGGUCAAGACCCCCCCACCCCCCCAAAAAAAGAUAAAAACACCUAGCCUUGUCCCACACACACACACAGAAUUCCUCACGAAUGCUCCCCACCCUCCGCCCUGCCGCACCCACCCUACCCCCCUCUGUUGGUGUAGUAUAGCGAUAUUAUGUAAGCAUGCUCUGGGACGACAUUGUACAAUAGCAGAAUGCCCUCAUAUCCUUCAGUGUAACGAGUCUGUAGUGACAUCACAGCCUGCAGUUUGGGGGGUGGGAAAGGGGGGGGGGGUGGUGUUGUUUGGGGAAAAAUAAAUACCCUUGAUACACGUGACAGCUGUUUCACUCAAAAAACGUUUAGCAUCAAUACACACUUUUACUUUUAACUUUCAAGGAGAAAUGCACCCUCGCGUAUCUUAUGAAUGUUAGAGCAAGAGACACUUUUUUAAUGAGAAAUAAAUCUUGGAUCAUUGCAGAUAAAUCGUUGGGGUGAAAGUGUUAAAGCUGAACCCACAUCUUUUGUCGACUUUCUUACAAUUAAUGUACUCUACAAAAUAAUGAGCACGUUCUGUAACACUUCACCAAAAAAAAAAAGAGAGAAAAAUGAAAGUAAAUGAUAUGAAAUUUGCCCAUUGGCUUACUCUGUGCCCACUGUGCUACUCUCUCCCUCUCUCUCGCCCCCGGACUCUCUUCCCGCUCACAGGAAACGGCUUGCGGUGUCCAGGCCUGCGUUAUCGGCUUUCAGGAAUCCUAAAGCUAAAAGCUUUUUAAAAGUCUGUCAUCCACCGGGGGGGGGGGCUGAACGCUCCCCAGCCCCUGUUGGGAAAGACAAACCGAAUAUGCGUAACGGACAGCUGGGCGCUCUCCUCCCCCCCCUCCCUCCCUCCCACCCAAUCAGCCAGUCUUACUGAAUCCCUGCAGUUGUACAGAGAGGCUGAAGUGUUCCCUUCCUGUUUGAGUGAGACUGAGUCCAAUAACAGACAAGGUGGUGGAGGGUCCAGCCCUGGAGGCCCUGUGGCCAUUGCUCAGAGGGCCCUACAGGGAAGAGCACGGCCAGGAAAAUCCCAGGUCUCGGCCUACCUCAAAAAAAAAAAAAAAAAAAGCCACCUUGUUGCGGUCUGUCUUCAUCUGGAUUCAGUUUUUCGGUUUCAGAGGUAAAAACUAUCCCCUCAAAAAAAGUCUUAGCCCAAGUUCCUGAAUGUUGUCAUGUGUGUCAUUUGGAAAAGAGGAAAAAAAAAAACAAAUAACUUUUUAUUCAUUCAAGGUUUUAAGUUUGAUUUCAUAAAGCAUUUGAAUAUGUAUGCAAAAUGUUUCUCAUUUCUUUGUACUAAACCUUCUGCAUGUCUGGAAUAAAGUUUAACAUGCAUGGUCAA